AUGAAUAGUAACCUUGUGAUUGAGGAAGUCGCCGAGGACGUAGAGAAUUAUAAGGAAGUUGUCCAAAUUGCUGAUGAGAACAAAAUCAAGGUCGCACUUAUAGACAAUCAAAAACUCAAACAGGAAUUCCUAUCAACAGACAACUAUCCAUCAUUCACCCAAGUUCUCAUCAUCUCAAACAUAAGCCACAAUUGCUAUUACGAUGAUCCCUUCUUUCACUACAUCCUUAUGAUCACUAAAGUCAUUCGCAAAGCUCUCAAAAGGAUGUUAAUCCCUAAUUACAUUAAAUCGAAAUAGGAAUUCAUUAGCAAAGAAAAUCAGCUUUUUAGAUGUUUCUAUUAGGAUAUCAACAUUGGGUUCAUAACUUCGACAGGCUAGAUUAAAUCCACUGCUUUUAUCUAUAUCCAUAGGAACAUCAGAGAAUUCAUUAUCAAAAAGAUAGUGAUUGAUUAAAAAUAAGAGCGAGUUAGAUUUUUAAUGCAUUUUUUUAGAAUUGAAAAUAUAAUUAAGAUACCAUAUGUGCAGCAAGAUUACAAAAACUAAUUUCUAAAAACAAACAAAUUCAAGAAUGAAUUCAUCAUCUUAAACGAAGAAAUCGAAAGUCAUCAAUCAUUAUUUCAUGUCUAUAAGCCUGUGGAUGAUCAGAUUUAUUUUGUAAAGCGAAUUCAUCUGAGAACCACCUUCAAUUCAUCAUUUAUGAAUGUCUUCCAUUCUAAAGAUGUACAUAUAGGCAGAGCCAAAAUACUUGCUUCCCUUUCGCACCCCAAUGUUGUCAGAUUAUAUGACUGGUGGCUCGAAAUGCUCAACUUCCAACCUUAUUUAUUUAUGUAAAUUGAAUAUUGCACUUAUCCACGUUAUGUAUCAUAGGCCAAAAAUUUGCUUAGCUAUGCUUAUUUUUAUAUGAACCCCAUGUCUUGCAAAUAAAAACUCAAGUUGAUUCAAGACAUUAUGGUGUAGAUUGUCCAAGGUUUGGAGUUUCUGAAACUAAGGAACAUCCACAUUGUUGACUUAAAACCUGAAAAUAUCAUGGUUACUAUUACUGUCACUGGAGAUUUAUAAGUUAUGCUCUCCGAUUUCAAUCCCAUUAAUAAUAAUCAAUAAACCUUGAAUAAUAUUGAAAAUAUGGCACUCGCCUUUGGAGCACUGAUUAUGCAUUUAAUUUUAACAUUCCCAGGAGAUAGCACACUUAGAAAUAAUUUCAUUGCUAAAUUCUAAGAAAUGAAUUUAGAAGACUCAAUAUCACUCUUUGAUACCUGGGCAUAGAAGGUAAAAAAUAGAAAUCGUGAAUUUUCAUUUAAUCUCUUCAAAAACUUAAUGUAAUCAGCUCAAUCCCUUUUAAUAAAAUAAUAUCAUGAUUUCCAUGAACUUAAAACUAUUAUCCUCAAAAUCGUUUGAUUUAUAAUUAGUAUUUGAUUUCAUAUGUUUUAAUUCAAGAUAUUACACACACUA